UCAAUGAAAGACCCUUUGAAUAAAGGAAUUAUGGGAUAGUGGCGGUAUCAUGGGAGCCUACAUAAGCUAAGUAAUUUUCCUGUAUAGUUCGAGUUUCAUGGAGAUUGUUGGUACAUUAAAUCGUUAAAAUGUCUGAUAGGCUGGGAAUAGACGUUAUCCUUAGUGAAGAUAUAGACGCCAGAGCGCCGAAGUGUCCUCACGGGCCCACUCUUUUGUUUACCAAGAUUUGCAGGGGAGAAGAGCAUGAGCCUGGAAGGAGAUUUUAUGCCUGCUCUGCUUGCAGAGACCGAAAGGACUGCAACUUCUUCCAGUGGGAAGAAGAAAAGGUAUCAGAAUCUAGGCAUUUAGCCCGAGAAGAGUACAACAAAAGUCGUAUGCCUCCAUUUACACAUGCAGAAUACAGAAGAAGGUGUCACCAAUACCGUGAAUUACCAUUGCAUAAGAGGAAGUUUUGCCAAGACUGCCAGCUGCUGCUUCUGCCCAGUGAAUGGGAUGUUCACUGUGGACAUCGUGUGUGUGGUGAUAUUGCACUAACUGCUUUGAGGAGACCAAGCCAGCUUCUACAUCCACUAAAGAAUAAAAAAUCCAAUGCACAGUACUUAUUUGCUGACCGGACCUGUCAGUUUUUGUUGGAGGUCAUUAUCAGACUGGGAUUCAGAAGAGUGCUCUGUGUUGGCACACCACGGUUGCAUGAGCUAAUUGUUUCAAGAGCAUCAGAAGGGAAGGAGCCAUGUGUACGAAGCCUUUUGCUGGAUAUCGAUUUCAGGUAUUCUCAGUUUUACUCAGAAGAUGAGUUUGUUCAUUACAACAUGUUCAACCACUAUUUUUUUGGUGGAGAGGCUGCAAGAGAAGUAUGUGCAACAUUUUUGCAUCAAAACAGUGGGCAAGAAGUUAUCAUAGUAACAGAUCCACCCUUUGGUGGCUUAGUGGAACCAUUGGCUUACAGCUUCAAAAAGAUGAGUGCCAUGUGGAAACAAUCCUUGCAGCCAGAAAUGCAGAGAAGUGAACUGCCUAUGUUUUGGAUUUUUCCAUACUUCUUUGAACCACGCAUCCUUCAGUGCUUCCCAGAAUUCUGCAUGCUAGAUUACCAGGUAGAUUAUGACAAUCACGCUCUUUACAAGCAUGGUAAAAUGGGCCGCAAGCAGUCUCCUGUGCGAAUAUUCACCAAUCUUCCUCCAAAAGAGAUAAUUCUGCCUGCAGAAGAAGGGUACAGAUUUUGUUUACUUUGUGAGAGAUAUGUUUCGUCAGAAAACAGGCAUUGUGAAAUUUGCAAUUCUUGCACAUCAAAGGAUGGUAGACGCUGGAGACACUGUUCCAUAUGUAGAAAGUGUGUGAAACCAUCUUGGAUUCACUGUGAUUCUUGUAAUCGCUGCAUACUUAAGAGUCACUCGUGUGGAAAGACUGCAAGUGGAUGCUUUGUUUGUGGCAGUGCAGAUCAUAAACGGAGGGAAUGCCCAAAGCUUCAUGUGUCUAAAAAAACAAAAAGGGUCAAGCAAAGUUGCAAGAAGAAACCCACACAGAUGGCAAAAGAAAAAGGCCCGAUUUCUAAAACAAAGGCUGCAAUAAGAAAAAAAAUGAAAAGGAAGAAACAACUGUUAACUAGUUAUAGAAAAAGAAGGAAAGAAAAAGCAUAACUGCAUGAAAUCCAUGUGUGCCGAGCGCACACAAUUAUUUUAACUUAUCGGGAACACAUUCAUUAAAUCAGAUAUCUGUUUGGGUGAUGUUGCCCCAAGAUGGUGUAUGGACACACAAAAUGUCUAUUGAGUGUCAGGGUUUGUAUUGCAGAACUGAUAUUAAACAUUAGAAUAUAAACAAAAUGUUUAUACUUAACAUCGUGGUCAACCAUUUUUUAUAUUAAUUCCAGUUCAGCAGGGAAGAGAUAUGUUACAUGGCUUGAUAAAAAAAAAUGUAUGUAAAUUAUAUGUAUGUAUAGAGUUUAUCUUGUU